AUGCCGGUUCGCAACGGUAAACUGCUUGUCCAGGACCCCGGAUGCGCCAUGCUUGCAAAGGGUGGGCGGAAGUGUCGUGCCACCUUCCGCGGUGGGGUCCAAGGGACCGUCGACCCGCCAAAGGAUCCCCCCGAUUGA